AUGUCGCAGCAACAGAGAAGAUUAGAACCCAGGCAAUCCAGCACCAAAUGCCAUCAGCCCAGCCACUUUGCCACACAGCCCCUCCCCGCGGCCCACUCCUUGGCUGACGUGGUGGCUGUGAAUCUGGUCCCCCAACCAGGAUGUGGAACUGUUGGGAACCGCAACACCUGCCUUUACCCCUGUGGUCUGCUGCCCCUUUCCAGGAAACGAGAGACCCAGAAGUUUUGCCUCACCCCCAGACUCAGCCUGCAGCUCUACUACAUCCCCGUGCUGGCGCCCGAGGAGCCGCCGUCAUGCAGACAUUCGGAGCUCAGAGAGCUGGCCACGUUCCUGGGCCGCGCAGACCCGUGGUACCAGAACACCGUCAACACACUAUGCCCGGCCAUCCACAAGCUGGCAGAGAUGCCCCCUUCCCUGGACACAUCCCGGACUGUGGACCCCUUCAUCCUGGAUGUCAUCACCUACUACGUUCGCAUGGGCACCCAACCCAUCUACUUCCAGAUCUAUACUGUCAAGAUCUUCAGGGACCUGAGCCAAGACCCCGCAGAGGACAUUUUCCUCACCGAGCUGAAGGUGAAGAUCCAAGACUCCAAAUUCCCCAAAGAUGGCUUUUCACCCAGGAGGAAGGGCGCGGCCGAGGGCCCAGGGGCCGAGCUGUCCAUCUGCUACCAGAAGGCCCUGCUCAGCCACCGCGCCCAAGAGGUCUCCAGUUCCCUGCGGGCCACUGGGCUGGUCCUGAAGGCCCUUCCAGCCAGUGACACUGAGGGUUCGGGGCCCACCCACGCCCCCCCAUCUGCUGCUCCAGUCAUAGACCUCAGGUGCCUGAAUGUCAGCGUGAUGGAGGUGGUCAAGUCCUCCAACUUGGCGGGCAGGUCCUUCUCUGGCGCCUGGGUGGCUCAGUCGGGCCUGGACACCAGCAUCUAA